UGACGAUACUAUCGAAGAAAGUCAGUUCCGAGAACAACAUAAAAGAAUGCAAACAAUAACAACAUAAAAACGCACAGAAAAAAAAACGGGCUAAUGAAUCAUCAUUGAGCAACAAUUAACAUUGAUUAACACACAUGAUCGGCCGACGUCACGGGCAGUGAGAACAACAAGUGGCACACGCGACCGCGGAAAUUAUGUCAACAGAUGCUGCUGAUCCCGCCGCGGAAUGUGCGCACCUGGUGGAAUUCAAGCAAUUCCUGGCCGCCAUAGCAGAAAAGGCGGCUGCCGUAAGCGGUGAGGAGGUAACCGCCACCAGGAGUUGUGUAACCCGCGCCAGCAGCGACACAUACAAAGUGUCCAGCGAGGAGCGUCAUGCCGAAUUGGUCUCGUCCAUUUGGCAGCAGCUCAACUCCUGCGGCUGCCCGGAGGUCUUUCGGUUAAAGCUGCUUCACCGUUCUGCGCAACAGUUGGAGCAGGAUCUCUGCUGCGCCAAGGAGUGUGAAAUCAACUCCGAGGGGCCGCCACAGUACGAUCUGCUCAAGCUGCAAAAGUUCGCCAGCGUUGAACUGGAGAAGUUCCUCCUGAAACUCACCGACAACGCGGCGAUGGAUCGCCUCAAGGACUACGCCGACGAGGGUGCCCUUUGUCUGGAUCCGCGUAACUGCCUGUGCCAAGUAGGCAGGCCGCCGCUGCUGCACACAUCCGCCGCUGUGAAGAACAAACCUAGGAAGAUGGAGGAUCGACAUGUGUGCCUGGAGAGAUUCGGUGAAAUGUACCAGCUGCCGUGUAAGGAGUCGCGUUUCUUUGGAGUCUUUGAUGGACACUCGGGCUCCCUGUCCGCCUGCUAUGCCAUCAGCCAGCUGCCCCAGCUGCUAGCGGAUCAGCUAAAGGUGGACACGGACUGUGACUCCUGCUCGCCGGACUUCUAUCGCAACGCCUUCGAGUCGGCGUUCCUGCUGGCGGACGAGCGCUUCACCCAGAAGAAGAUCACUAGCGGCACGACCAGUGUGUGCGCUUUGAUUGUCAAGGAUCAGUUGUGCAUCGCCUGGGUGGGUGAUUCCAAGGCCCUGUUGGUGGGCAAGAGAACUCAGCUGCAGUUGGUGAAACCGCACAAACCGGAGAAUCCCGACGAGCGAAAAAGAAUUGAAAAAGCCGGCGGAACAGUGAUCCAUGCUCAGGGUCAGUGGCGCGUUAAUGGCAUCCUCAACGUGGCCCGUUCCAUUGGGGACUACAGCCUGGAGGCGGUAAUAGCAGAGCCGGACUUUGUGGAUGUGCAACUAAACGAGGCCCACGACUUUCUGGUCCUCGGCACCGAUGGCCUCUGGGAUCAUGUUACGGAAGCCCAAGUCAUCGAAACCGUUUACGAGUCUCUGGCGGAUUCCACAACGAAGCUGGACGACAUUCCCAGGCUGCUAAUAGAGGCGGCCAAGGAGGGAGAUUCGCAGGAUAACAUAACGGCGGUUGUGGUGCUGCUCAAGCCGCGGGAUCAGAUCGGAAAUGGUUAGGAUUUUAAGAGCAAGCAGCGAAUUUUGUUUGUUGUUACCCGCAUUGGAGUGGGUUUUUCUUUAUGUACAAAAUCACUUGAAAUUUCAACUUUGAAAUGUUUUUAAAGCACACACACAAACACACACGAUGAACCCACUCUAAGUCGCACUGUUGUUUCGUUUACUAAAUGAUGUUUUUAAAUGUAAAUAGCUUAGAGAUAUGUCACAUUCUUACGUGCCUGCUGUGGAGCUCCCAAUUCCCCUGGAGUCCCCACUUGUUUGGGGGGUAGUGAUGUAAGUCCGCGCUGACAUAACACCUCUCGGAAAUAUGUCGUUUCUUGUUUGGCGGAAAUAUGUCUCUUGAGAACAAUAUAACUUCGCGGGCGGAUUUAUGUCGCUAUGCCCUUGUUUGGUUGCUCGAAUAAGCUCAAUUUAACAAAAUAUAUAUUCGUUUUUGAGGUUGCUCAGCAGUUGAGAGGGAUAUACACAAGUUAUAGGCAACUGUUGUUACAAACCGAAUGAUAUAAAUAUACACAAAAUCCACACGUACAACAUUUAUAUAUAUAUAUUUUAGAUUAGCAAUGCAAGCGCAUAUAUUUAUACACACACAUUGAAGUUGCUUCCAGCUGUACGAUAAUAAGCAAUGCCAAGUAGGACUCUAGUUAACAUACGUUUAUAUAUUUACACCUGUAAACCGUAUAUAUAUUUAAUAAUGAUCCCACACAGUUUAAGAAGUACCUUUUUAUACAAAUCUAAUAACGAAAAAAACCCUUCAUGCAUUUUUAUAAACAAAAUACCAUUUUUAAAGCCACGUUUUUUUUUAUUGGAAUAAUAAAGAUAAUUCACACAA